AUGUCGACUGUGACGCGACGCCGACAACGAAGAGAGCGCGUGUUCGCCCAGUACGCUGUUGUGAUGAUGGGACGGCAGCGUGUGUUCCGUGACUGCUUGAACCCUUUGGACGAGUUCGACGAGGACGAACUGCAGGAGCACUUUCGAUUCGGUCGCGCGGGCAUUGUGUUCCUCGCCGACACAGUGCGCCCGGACUUGGAGGGGCCGACGCGUCGCAGCCGCGCCCUCUCUGCAGAGCAGCAGGUCGUUGUCGCCCUACAGUUCUACGCCACGGGGAACUUCCUCAUCGCCGCAGGGGACUACAUCUGUGCGCACGUCUCCACUGGUUCGCGGACUGUGAGGCGGGUGACUCAGGCCUUGGCACGUCGUGCCCGAGACUUCAUAGGGUGGCCAGGUGAAGCUAAGGCCUUCUUUGAAAUCGGUGGGUUUCCUUCGGUCGUGGGUGCUGUUGAUAGCACUCACAUUCGAAUACAGGCACCACAAGUGCAUGAGGAGGUGUACGUUAACCGCCAUCUGUACCAUUCAAUAAAUGUACAGUUAGUGGUUGACGUCUGUUACCGUAUCCGCAAUGUGGUUGCAAAAUGGCCUAGAAGCACCCACGACUCUAGGGUAUUCACCGAGGGCUCGUUGUCAGGCAAGCUGGCCAAUGGAGUUUACGAGGGCCUACUGCUUGGAGACAGCGGCUACACCUGCAAGCCAUGGCUGAUGACGCCCUUCCUGUCUUUGUCAUCAGCAGCGGAGGUCGCCUACAAUGCGUCGCAUAGCACAACGAGGAGCAUCGUGGAACGGUAA